UGAGUAGUAUAUUAGAACAGGAUCAUGAUACUUUAUAUAAAAAUCAUGAUUCUGUUUGAAGAGAUUAUCACAAUUCAAUAUAAUCAAUCAUAGCAUUAUUUUUUGUUUGCUGUGCAUUGCUUUCUCAUUGUUUUUGAGUAUAUUUAAUUAAUGACUACUUUUUUCUGAUUUGAAAAUUAAGAAACGUAAGAGAAUGAAAAUUGAGAAUGUGCUUAAAGCUUUUGGUGCUUAAAUGUUGUAAGUUUGAUUUAGAGCAGUUAUUCAGUAAAGCAGCGGUCAUAAUGGUGUAAGAAGUGCAUGUUCAUAAGUCUGGUUGAAUGACACCUAUUUUUUCCCUUGUAGCUGUUUGGACAUUCGAGGGACAGUGGAAUAUGUCCUUGGGAAAUGUCUCUGGCAAAAUAAUACAUCAAUUUGUCAUCGGUGGUUUUGACACACUUGACAGACCUCUGACAGUGGGGAUUGUAAUUCUGUGUAUCUAUCUCCUAGUCAUGCUUUCUAAUUUGGCAAAUAUAUGUUUUAUCCUUCAUGAUAAGCGUUUGCACAAGCCAAUGUAUCUUCUGAUUUGCAACCUUGCUGUAGUUGAUAUGCUGUACAGCUCCAGUGCCUGUCCAACUAUGAUUGGUGUGCUGGUAGCUGGUGAUAAAGCCAUAGCUUAUGUGUCAUGCUUCAUUCAGAUGUUUGUUUUCCACCUGGGGGGCGUAAUGGAGAUGUUUGCUAUCUCUGUCAUGGCUUUUGAUCGUUUGAUUGCAAUCUCUAAUCCACUGAGGUAUCAAAGUAUCCUCACCAAUGUUCGUACUCUGGUUCUGACUGGUGCUCUGUGGUUGGUUGCCUGUGCUUUUGUGGCUGUUAUGCCUGCCACUGUGUUAUCUCUCCCUUACUGCCACUCAACCCUCAAAUACACCUUCUGUGAUUAUGCUGCGUUAGUGAGAGCCACUUGUGUCAAUCCUAGCUACUAUUUUAAUAUGAUAACCAUUAUCACCUUCUUUCUCCUGUUUGGCACUUUCUGUUCUAUUUGCCUGUCCUACAUAUGGAUCAUAUUUGCUAUGGUUAAAAUGUCCUCCAAGAACGACAAAAGGAAGAUGUACAGUACUUGCUUCAGUCACCUGAUAGUGGUAGUGUGUUAUUACGUUCCUUUAUUUGUACGAAUAGUCUUGACCAGGCUAGGUGUGGUGCUGACCUUGGAAGAGCGUCAUGGUCUGAUGAUCGGGGCUAUUCUUGGGCCCUCUCUUGUAAAUCCUUUUGUAUACUGUUUUAGAACCAAGGAGAUCAAAAACAAAAUGUUGAAGAUGUUUAACAAAGUUGCGCCCACUGAAUAAAAAAAGAACGGUUUAAUG